CUCUACUGAUGGUGGCUGCCGGAAUUCACACGCACAUCCUCUCAAAACCGCUCGCUGACUUUGGAUGAGGAGGAGGAGGAGGAAGCGGGCAAAGGAAGGAGAGGGAGAGCUGGGGCCGAGGGGAUUCGGUGAGGACUGUGGGAACGGAGCAAUGCCAUCAAGAGGCAGAAGAGAAGUCUCUUUCUAUCUGAGUCCAUGUCUCUUCAGUGUUCCCACAAGCGUCGUCAGCGUGCCGUCUGCUGUUCUACCUCUGGAUUUAAAUCCGCCGGAUUACCGCUCGGACUCCCGCAUCUUUGUUGGAGGCUGCCGCGUUUAAAAGGGAGGCAAAGUUCCUCCGUGGACUGCACAAACGAUGACAAACACGUUGGUUUUUCUUGCUUCUUCAAUAGCUUCCUAGCAUUAAAAAUUAUUUCACUUUUCUGGAGUGAAAGUCUUUUUAUAUGUGGAAUUCUUUUUUGUAUUGCUUCAAAGUAGGACCAGUUUUUGGCUAUAUGGGAUUUUGAACUUGUCCGUAGAGGGAUUUCUGUUCGUGUUAAAUAUGUGUGACGAAAACAAUAUAUAUCCUCAUCUUCACCCUUUUCCAAAGCCAUCCUUGCUUCAUAAUAUUAUCAAAAUGUGACUGUAGCACUUUUCCUCUAUGAUAUCAUAGUGUCAGUGUGAAGAGACUACAUUGGACUGCAGGUGAACUUUAAUCUCUCCCAGUUCUUCCAUCUCCGAGGGAACCCUCCCACUAAACGCUUCCCUGUUAACCCACUUCGGGUUCCCCUGUGGGGGCUCCCGCUACAACCUUUCGUCCUACUCCAGUUUUUGCGCAAAGCAAAAGCCACAGCGGCAAAAGGGGCACUGAGAAGGAAGACACCCCCCUCGCAAAGUUGAGAGGGGGGUGGGAAGAUGGCAGCUCUCGCUAGCUCACUCAUUAGACAGAAACGGGCGGUCAAGGACGACCAAACCAAUCGACCGGUAGCCAACAAGCGUAAACCCUGUCCAAAAAGCAACAAGUCCUUGUGCCAGAAACAGAUCUUGGUUCUCAUCUCCAAAGUAAGACUGUGUGGGGGUCGCAAAGGUCGGAACGAGAAAAGACCAGAGCCGCAGCUGAAAGGCAUUGUAUCCCGCCUGUACAGCCAACACGGAUACUACCUACAGAUGCAGCCUGACGGCACCAUGGACAGUACAAGAGACGAGAGCAGCUUAUUUUCGCAGUUUAACCUAAUUCCUGUGGGACUGCGGAUUGUGGCGAUACAGGGUGCGAAGGCGGGGCUGUAUCUUGCCAUGAAUAGCGACGGAUACCUCUAUACGUCUGAUCACUUCACUCCGGAGUGUAAGUUCAAGGAGAGUGUGUUUGAGAACUACUACGUCACAUACUCGUCCAUGCUCUAUCGGCAGACCCAGUCUGGUCGCUCUUGGUAUAUCGGUAUCAACCGUGAUGGCCAGGUCAUGAAGGGUAACCGGGUAAAGAAGAACAAAGGAGCCGCACACUUCCUGCCUAAAGUUAUCGAGGUCGCGAUGUAUAAGGAGCCAUCGCUACAUGAGCUCACAAGUGAGCCGGUGAGUCCUCCGCGGAAGACAACCAAAACAUCCGAUUCCCCGUCCUUGAAAAAUGGACGGAAAGAAGCUCCCAAGGCUGACGCCUCAUAGCACAGGAGACAGAGGGUGGGUCACAGGGCAACAGCGACACUUGGAACACAGUCAGUCGCCCGUCACGCGCGCAGGACGGCCGGGCGAACGGCCCUCAUGGUCCACUACUCCAGAAGUGCACUAUAAGAUGCUGAGGGAUGAAGGGUGAGCAGUCCAUCAGCAGACAACAGGAUGAGAGAGGAGCACCCCACCCCCACCCUUGUCACCACAGAAGGGCAGACCUGGACCCUGCCUGGCCCUAACAAAUUUCACACCCCAUCCCGAUGUUUGUCUCUUCGAAUUUCCUGAUGCAAAGGCUGCGUCAUUGUCACUCUGACACUUUUGUCUUUUCUCCCAUGCCUACGCAGCAUUUGCUCUAUCGCAACGUGAUAUUCACCAUUCACACGCUUACGGAGCGGUCCCGGCUUCAUAAUCCUCAGCCAUGAGCCCGCUCUUGAUCCCUAAAGUCGGUGACCGUGUCGCCCUGCCGGCUUUCCCCGCACCAUCUGCCGACCGGCUCAGCUAAUCAUCAAGGUCAACUACAGCUCAACAAGAGAUGAAACAGCUCAGAGUCGAGAUGUCAACUGGAAUCCCGGGUCACAUCAGGUCAUCUGGGAGAAAGCGAUGACAGAACAUCAGCAAGUCUACGCCUUCGGCCACCCAAGAGCCUAACCCUAACCAUAUUUUCUAUCCAUUGUUUUGAAGAAACACUCGUUCUCAAUUCCGCUAGUCCCACAAUACAAAUUAAAACCCAUGACUUCUCGGCAUUCUGUAAUAUGGAAAUGAUUCCUGUUCAAUCAAAUACAAUGCAAGCAUCCCCUAAUCUUCGAAAUACAACCCAUGAGAUCUUAAAUUAGAGUCAUAUUGGGGCUAUAGAUCAAUAGGUUUAUAGACAGGGACAAAAAAAAAUAUGGAUCUGGAUCAAGAAGCCAGGGGAUACGUCCGAAAAAAGAAAUCAAAAGCGACUGAGACAAGAGAAUAAGUGACACUCUUUCCAGCCUUUCUCCCCAUCAGGUGAUCACUUAUCUCAAAGGCUGCACAUGAACAACCGCGUCAUAUUUUCAAUCCAGUGUGGAUCAGAAGCUAGUCAUGUGAAAACGAGCGGAGGUGUACACCUCACUCGGCAUCUGCUGUCAGCAGAAAGCCGUGUUUGAAGGCAAACAUCAAAGCCAGAGGAGCCUCGGAGCGGGAGCACUUGUUAUUCUGACGACGUCUGGCAGCUUAUCCGCCCGCUCGCUUUAUCAAAUCACCUUGGAAGAAUCGCCCUCAAAAAUGGAGCCGUCUGAGUGGAUGUCUUGGUGUGACUGUGCCGUAACCCUGGUGCGGAGAUGUCUUUGACUCUGUGGUGACACUUUAAGCGUGUGGAUGAGCGUCUGUGCAAGGGAAAGAGAUACUGCAGGUAACCUUAACCAUGUCAUUCAGAAAGAACACAACGCUGUCAGUAGGGCAACGGGAGAAUUUCCAUCAACUGUUUACUUGCGAACACACAGAAGGUGACACAUUCAAAUCCUUUUUUUUUUGUUUUUUUUUGAGCUUUUAUAUUUGGCUCGCUAUAAAAAAUUAAGAGACCAUUUUAAAAGAAUAUGCAAUGACCUCGUGUCAGUCUGGAAUUUUUCAAAGGGUCUGUCACUCAUGCAAGUUACCUUGGGACAAGCAAUGUUUCAUCGUGUGCUUGGAUACCACCAGCAAACAUGCAAAGCAAUGCUGAGAGAUGGAAAUGGCAAGAUCAUAAUCAUGGCCACAAAAAAUAUACAUCUGAGCUUGCCCUAAAUCAUAAUAAUAAUAAUAAUAAUAAUAAUAAGUAGGGUCUUACACAAAAGAAUAGUGGAUUGUAUGUUUUUUGCAUUACUACCCAAACCACUUGGAAAUAACGCCAAUAGAUUUAUGUGACUUUCUACGGCCAAAGAUCAUGUUUUAUGCACUAUCGUACAAUAUAUGUUCAAUAUGUUUGUCGAUUGCGCUGUGGCAGGACUUGACAUCGCUUUUCUCUCAUUGAUUUGCUGCGAUGAGGGCAUAUAUUCUUAUGAUAACAGAACAGCAUAGCGAAUUGGAGGCUUUAAACUGUAAAUGUGUCUGAAACUGUGUGUUAGAUUGUAAAGUAUAUGCAGUACAUACAGCAGAUGCAUAAAGGAAGCCGUUAAUGAGGAAUUCUUGAGGAAUCCUGCUGAGGAAUUUCUUCAUAAGGCAUGCAAGAUGUUUGGCAGGCAUGUAUGAUGAGGCAUGAAAAUAUAGUAAUGAACGCAGGACAAAGAGCAUGUCUGGUGCUGUGAGUUAUUUAUGACAGGCAGUUUAUGGAUCAAAUUAGUUGGAGCACUCUACAUAUUUCAGUGCAGUUCUCUGAGAAAUUGUCUCCCAAAAUGUGUUGUCUUUGUCAUAUUUUCACAUACAAAAGGGAAAAGCCAAUGAUUCCUGCUCGGUUCCUCUAUAGCAAUCCUAUAUUUUUCAAAGUGAGAAAUGGUCAUUUAUUUAUUUUUUUUAAUCAUUUUAUCAGGCAUGCGUAUCCCUAUCGUCUAAAUGAAGCACUGAAAAAAACCCUUAACGCUCAUAAUGCUGACGAAUGCCCCCCGCAAGUUGUCAAGACAGCAAAACAACAUGUCGACAGACGGGAAUAGAGAAUGUCUACUGAAAAAAAUAAAAGACUGCUAUUGAAUGUAAAAAAAGGAAAACAGUAAAUUGCAAGUAUGUGGAAGCUUUCGAGAAACCUUUGAACGGGUUAUGAGGAUUGCCGUUUGCAAAAAAGAAGGUUUGUAAAGUGUGUGCAUGUGCGCCGUUGAUUAAAAGUUGGGUAAGACAAGACAGAGCAGAGGAGAAAAACAAAGGGCAUGGGAAACAAUGAUCGAUAGAUUCAAUAAAACACAAACAAGAGACUUGUGAUGGUUGCAAAAAUGACUUGAAGGUCUGCCAGAGACAGCAAAAUCCAUUUGUUCAUGAAGAAGUCAGAGGCCAAGUGUGUGGAAAACAGACCUUUUCUGGUUUCUGCAGAGCAAUUAAAAACAUGCUCCUGACGACAUGUUUCCUCUGAUUAUAAACAACAUGAGGAGACAGACGGUCUUUUAGGAUUCACAUGUAUAAAUUGACGAGAGAUUCUUCAACCACCCCCGCAACUAGGACCCCUUGUAGAGUAAUUGACUAUGCAAGCCCUGGACAUUGCUUGAAACAUUCAAACAUGAACCUACCAUCCCACAAGCCAUUGGUGAGGCUUCCAGAUGCUAAAGAAUAUUAAAGUGCUGUUAAAGUAGCUGUGAGGAACUAUUGGCUUGUUGGACUUUUAAACCGAUGUGGUAAAUACAAAUUAUAACUGCAUUUUCCAAUAACAGAGAGAGACACUAAAAAAAAAAUAUAAUAAUAAAAAAAAAUCUUGAAAUAAGCAUGGCAACGCAACAAUAGGGGAAUUCGGGCUUGGUUCACGAAUAUACAGCACAGCAGAACACGUAAAUAGGAAAUCUCGGGCUGUCGUGGCAGUGACAAAGAUGCUGUUACAGCCCAGAAAUUCCGAAGCUAUUAUAUGUUCAGGUAAGACUACUUCAAAUUGUUGCUUGAACUAAUCACAAUCUUGAAUAAUUGCAGCAGAGAUUGAACCCAUUACAAUGUAAACACACAAAAAAGCAACUCAUUUGGGCCCGUAUGUUUCGCCUUAACUUGAUGAUAUUUUUCGAUUUACACUGCAAUGAGCGACUCAGAGAGAAAUGCAUCUUGGGACUUCUCUGACUGACUAUUCAGAUGCUGUAGACUGAUUGUUGUUUUUGUUUUUUUUGGGGGGGGGGGGGUUGUUUUUCUCUCUCCCCAAAACAGUAUGUAAUCCACUGCAAGUGCAACUGCAAACAACAACUCUCCAAAACACAAAAUGUUUGUUUUGCUCGUUGCAUUAAUUGCCAGCACUGCAGUAGCCACAUGUUCUGUCUGUUUGCAAAAAUAUACACAUUGAAACGUCAACAUACAAGUGGCGACAUUAUGGGAACGAACAUCUGUGUACAACUAGCUCCCUCUAAUGGAAAUAAUUGUUUGCUUAAACUGCCACGACUUCAGUUUCUGUUGAAUUCAUCCAAUGACAUGAUGAUGUGCUUUACUCAGCUUUGAUCAAAUGUGAUGGCUAUUGAUUGCAUUUCGGUGUAUUAUGUCUUAUAUAUUUGCAAUACAGUAAUCCAAAUGAAUUGCUGUGUUACACCCCCUCUGAAUAAUUUGUCAAUGUCAACAUAAAGGUUAUUUCCAGUUUUCUAGUCAGCAUGUUGAAGAGUAAGUUAUGUGCAUACAUUAAAUGCAAAAAUCAAAAUUUUACAACCAAUGGCUGAGCUAUAAAGUUAAUGAAUCCUCCAGUUGAGAAAAUGACAAUUGUGAAAGAUGUUGAGUUAUUUCGAUUGAAGGUUCCCAUUAAGAAAUGUUGCUCCAUUUUGUCUUCCUAGUUUAUGUAAAUGUUAAGGAUGAGUCAUUAAUCCUCCUCACUCCAGUGGGAAAGGAGAAUAUGAGCGUGGAUUAUGACCGAUGAAAGUCAAAACUACCCAGAAUGUACACGGGCUUCAUAUCUUGAAAUUAACCAUCUUGACAAAGAAUAGUGCUUAGCAGCCCUUUCGCUUGCAGUUUUGUUGAUUUUUCUUGGAAAGGAGUGUUUCUUACACAACAAAAGGUGAGAUUCUAAGUGGUCUUGAUAAACUAUUUGCCAGUGUGUUUUCAUAUAAAAAUGUGACUGUGUGUCAGAGUUCUAUCAUAUUCAAAGUAUGCUAUGUCGAUGAUACAUUUAGUAUAGUGUACAGUAUGAGUAGUGUACUAUGUCAAGUCCUUCUGUUUAUAACUCUUAAUGUGUGUUGUCUGUUUUGUUAUGUUUAAUUUCCAAUGCAAAGUCCUCAACGAAGGCAGAGGAGUUCUUCCUCUUCGAAUAUGAUCUCUUUUUGGACAUAUUUUUUUUUUAACCUUUGGUUUGCACUGAUGCAUCUUUACAAAUGUGGUCGCCUCCCUUGUGUGACCUUCAUCGCCGCUGAAUAAUACUGUGUGACCAAGUUUUAUGUUUGUGAAAGAUGUACUCAAGUGAAAACAGAGAGGAGAGGGGAAAAAAAUGACCAACGCUCACAUGUGUCCUCUCAAAACCAACAAUGACCUUUGUGGGCUCACAGUUCUGGUCACGCACGUCUUCCAAAAAGUUUCCGUAAACUACUUUCUUCUCUGUCUCUCUCUCUCUCUCUUUCUCUCACACACACAAGCCCAUCCUCUUGUCUUCCAAAAGACUGACAUUUUCAGAAAAAAGAAGCAAGCUGAUUUAAAGCCAUAAAGGAACACGGGCAUUGGCAUUGAUUGGCCAAAGAGAGCAGGUCCAGAUCUGAAGGCACCUACGGAUUUCAACACACGGUGGACUCCAAAAAGCGCCAAAUGAAGCAACAAAAACUGGUUCCUUUUUUUUUUUUUUUUAUAAACAAUUCCACAGAAAUUAAAACCAGCAAUAUUCAAUGGGGACUUUUGACCAGUUUGGAAUCAAGGAUGUGGAAAUUCAACAGGGGAUUGAACUGAAAUGGAUUUGCUAUGGCAAUCUUUAGUCUGCAAUAAUAAUGACUGUCUAGAAAGACAAAUGAUUUUGUUUUUUUUUGUUUUUUUUCCUGCAAAGUGUGUCUCUGUGGUUUGACUCAUAGGUGAUGAUCCCUCUCACAAGCCCUCGAUUUACCCUCUCGAAUAACCUGAUGUUCCCGUCAAACCUGUGUAUAUUUCUAUAACAACUCUUACCUGGAUUGAAAGGAGAUGUGCUAUUCUGGAAUAUUAUUCAAUAAAACAGCAUAUAUUUGUA